UCAUUCGUUUCGGAACAACCAACCAAAUCAGAAGUCUAUCUAGCAAAAAAUAUUUAUUUCUUAUUUUUUGUUAGAUAUUUUUGUGCUCAAAAUUUAAUCGUUGUUCUGUCACUGCGCUCACAUUUAUUGCCAGUCAGCAUGGAUGGAUAUUAUCAAGGCAACAGUGGCAACUUCAACAGCAGCGGCUAUUCGCAGCGAUCCGUGAACAAAAGCUACGGAUCCUGCUGCAACUGCUCCGGGGGCUGCUGCCCACGGAUGGGCGCUGGGGCCAGCCAAACGCAAAGCCAGAUGCAGAGCCAGAGCAUGGGCCAGCUGAGUUGUCCUGGUGGCAACUGUUGCCCCGGCGGACGGUGUCCAGUUGGGAAGAGUCGUGGCCAUUCCGACUGGCAGAAUAGUGGACGCUAACGCCCAAGAGUUGGCGGUUCCAUAUGUGAGCCUGACAGGACAAUGACGUGGAGUUACACACAUUUAAUUACCGAAUUAUUGGAAAUGGAAUAUCGUACGAUGUUGAACAGAUUUCAAAAUGCACACUCAGGCACGGACUGGCAUUCAGGCCAUACCCACAAUCGCACGAGUUGACGUGGAUUCCAUCUUGUUUCCAACAUUACCACAUAUCAAAGUAUAAUAUGAAAAUUAUACUACACUCCUGCCGAAAGAACAUGGUGAUACGUACACACAGGACCAUAGCCGACUAAAAUUCAGUGUUACACAUGAUAUACUCAUAGCAGAGUUAAUAAAUACCAUUUCAAUGAGAUAU